CUCUACGUUGAAUUAUACUCUCAUUUUCUCCGUGUCAUGUAUUCGAGCUUUUAGAUCUGGUUCAUGUGCGUGGCUGAUCUGACCCAGGAAAAGUUGUAGCCUCCAUUAAUUCAAGGUUAGUGGGGAAAACAGGAUUACUGUACAAUUGGUUCCGCCCACAGCCGCUGACGCUCCCGUGUUGUCAAUUUAACAUUAAAACAGGCGCAGUGGGGUUCUCACCCAAAGAUUCUAAAGCUGUCCGAACGUUUUUGUAGAAGUGAUAACGAAAAGGUGAUGUGGCGACGAAAAUUAUGGAAUAGGAGUUAUUAAAAAAAACGAGAGCUACCAAGAGCAACAGGAGGAGCAAAGCAAACGGCGGUAGUGAAGUUUCAGGAACCCAGUUGGAAGGAGUGGGCAGGAGCUGGGCGCUUUCAGCUGCCAGUGAAAAUGCCAAGGAGGGAAGCGUCGUCGCUUCUCCGGUCCGGCAAAACAGGAAUCCUGCAGAAAGUGUACGGGGGCGAGAAGUGAUGGAAAAAGCAGAGCCACAGCAAAAUAUUCCUCAAAAUGGGAAUGACGGCAGCCCUGACGUUUUCCUAAAUGCAGCCUGCACGACAGUGACUUAGCUAAAUCGAAAGGUUGUCCGAAUUAAGUCCUUUUGAAGCACCAUCCGUAGGCGGCAUGAAACACCUGGAUUGCGCAACGUGAAGCUCAAUUGCAAAACAAAAUCAUGCGAAACAUUUUAAAGGACUAACCUUUGGCGAAUUACAAUGGGAUUAAUAGGCGUUGUGGAUAACGAGACAGGGAGUAAUACCUGAGCGUUGAACAUAGUCUUUACCUAACAAUUUGUACACAAAGGCAAAGUGGGGACCAAACAAUUUUGGAGGAAGCUAAGAGCCAGACCUCCAAAAGUCAGGUAAAUAAUCUGCAAUCAACAGCAAUAGUAGCCAAAAAGCGUAACAGUGCAGGAUGGAAACAUUUCGAGUUGGUUUUUGUCAGAGAACUUUGUAGCAGGUGGGGAGAGAAGCUACGCAUGAUUUAAUGUCUAAGUGUAAAAUAGCACCGGGCAGUUACGGUAAGGAAGUUGUAAUUGCGGUAAAACAAUCAUCUUGUAACUAGAGACACAACCGGCUGGACAUUCACCAGGAAAUUAACACCCAGAUCAGCAGCUUGCGCCCUGAACUGGACACUUCUGCCCGCUUGCUUGGGAAUCUGCACAUCCACCGUCCUCGUGCCCCGCGAUUUCCCGCGCGCCCCCGGGGUAGGGUUCUCGGUCACGCCUCCCCAGGGCUGGGGUCGUGCUCUAUCCCACGCUGGCGAGACCCCAAAGGGCGAGAGUUCCUUCCCCUUCCCACGGGUGGCUUGCAUUGCGUCAUUCCGCGCCUCGGUCGGGUGGGCGUGCCCUCGAACUGUGUCCGUGCCCAAGGAUCCUGUGAAGCGAGGUGACAACUAACAGCAUCUGCUCUUUUCUUGGCAUUGGCACUCCCGGGCUGAGCCCUGGACCCGUGGGGCGGACGUCACUUAGAAAUGGGCGUACAAGGGCGGAUUUGAAAUGAUGUGAACUUCUGACUGCAGUUGCACGAUGACCCUGUUCGAUGGAAGUCAAAGGAGACAGAUACCAGCACUUGCCAUCGUGAUCUACCUUAUUAUACUUCUCCGGACCAAAGAGAUGAACGCCUCAGGCAUUUUUUCAGGUUACUUAUCUAAGGUUUUACGUAGUCAUACAGAGCAAGCUUGUGAUGGCAGUCAUGUAAUGCUGCAUUGUCCUCGAGAUACAACAAUAAGUAUACAGUCAGCAUUUUACGGACGCAAGGUGCCAAGUUCCCUUUUGUGUCCAGGUUUAAAUUCCAGAAACACUGUGGAAGAAAAUUUAAACUGCACAGCACCAACCACUUUACAGAAAAUACUGGAUGAAUGCCAGGACCAGCAAUCUUGCCAGGUUCUAGUCAAUAGACAAGUUUUUGGACUUGACCCAUGUCCAGGCACCAGCAAAUACCUCCUUGUCUCCUAUAAAUGCAAGCCCAAAGAGUACAAAAGCAAAUUAGCUUGUGAGGGCAAGGAACUUGAAAUUCGCUGUAGAAACUCUGCAUUGAUUAAUAUCUAUUCAGCAACAUACGGCAGAAUGUCAAAUGGAAAUCAGGUUUGCCCAUCAAACCUUAAGUUGCCUGAUAUUGAGUGUUUGUCACAUACUGCCUUGGAAGUUGUAGCAACAAGCUGUCAUGGUAAACAAAACUGUAAAAUUGUUGUCAGCAGCCACAAUUUUGGAGACCCUUGUUUACCUGGAAUGCAGAAGUAUCUCAGUGUCAUCUAUAUAUGUGUUUCCAAAGUGUUGCUACAGGAAGCUGAUCCAGGUUUGUCAGCUCUUCGUCCUUCAUGGGUUUAUAAUAAAAAUGGUAAUCCAGAAAUGGUUGGUUUGCUGUUUGUAUCCAGUGUAUGCAUUGGGUUAAUCUUCACACUGUGUGCAAUUGUGAUUCAAGUAUCCUGCAGAGUAGACUUUCAAAAAGCCUACCACAGGGAGGUGGACUUACCCGAAACAUACCACAGGAAAAUGGACUGUUGUCAGGACAGUUGUGACAUUGAAGGCAACAACCACGGUGAUGAAGAUGUAAGUACCAACGAUGAUAGUGAUGAUGAUGAAGAUGAAGAGAGCUCCUCAGACUUUACUUUUGAAGGAUUAACAAAAUUUUAUGGGACUCCACGAUCCAACAGUGCAGAAGCAGCUGAAAUAGCUGAGAGGAUAGAACGUCGAGACAGGAUCAUACAAGAAAUCUGGAUGAAUGGAGGUUCAGAAAUGCCUGUCAUAAGAAACCUUAAUCAGUAUUACUGAUAACUAAGGAAAUCAAAGACAUCAGUGUGAAUGUAUUGGCAAUUUGACACAAUGGACAGAUGUUGACAUAGUCUUUAUCAUAUUGACAAAGUUAUUUUAAUUUUAUUUCUAUUCCCUCAUUAGCUACAAGUUCCUUCUAUGAAGGAAAUUGAUGUAAAACGCAUUGUGAUAUUUUUAACAAGGUGAAGCAUUGUGGCCAGACCUCAGCUUCAGAGACACCACUGUGAAUUCAGCAAGAUUAUGGUAAAUUUAAAAUUUGCAGAACACUGUACACUGGAUCAGACUAGACAUUCUUCAUAAUAAUUUUGAAACAGAGAUGUAUUCUAUUAUUGACCAUAUUAGAUUCUUUAGGCUUAUAGUUAUACAUUUCACUCAGAGUCUGAAUAAAGAGAACAUAAGGUUAAAGGAAAAGAGAAUGGUUUCAAUGUAUCUCCUGCUAAAAAUAUUGUUUGCUCAUAAAACUUAUCACUCAACAGUUUGAAUAUAUCUAAUUGCAUAUACAGGCAGCAGGCUAAGUAUUUAUUUAUUUAUUGGUAUACAGCAUGGAAUAUGGUCUUCUGGCCCUUUGAGCUGCCCCACCCAGCAACCUCUCCCCCAACUUAACCCUAGUCUAAUCACGGGACAAUUUACAAUGACCAACUUACCUACCGACUGAUAUGUUUUUGGACUGUGGGAGGAAACUAGAGCACCCAGAGGAAACCCACAUGGUCAUAGGGAGAACAUACAAAUUUUUUAACAGAUAGCAUCAGAAGUUGAACCCAGGUUGCUGGCACUGUAAAUCGUAGGGUUAACCACUAUGCUACCAUGCCCAUCCAUCUUCUAGCGUACCCCUGUUGUGUGGAAGUACAACCUUUUACCAGCUGAUGUGAUGGCAAGACGGCACCAGCAUACAUUGCCCACUCUCUGCAGGCUGCACAGAUGCCUGCACAGAAUCUCAGGGCUGUAUGUAGUGACAUGUAUGGACUCUGAUAUUCCAUUUUACUUUGAACUUUGAUGAUAGCAGCCGCUGAUAUUUAAAUACCAGUAUUUGCAUCAUUACAGUUUUACACAGUAAUGAUGCUAGGGCUGAUUCUAAAAUAGAUUGAAUAUGGUGGAAGAAAUGAACAAUUGUUUGAAGGAUUGAGAGUUGAGGAUUAUAAGUUAUAGGAGCAGAAUUAGGCCAUUUGGCCCAUCGAGUUUUCUCCAUGAUUCUGUUGUGGCUGAUUUAUUACCACUCUCUUAUUAUGCCUUCUCCCCAUAACCUUUGACACCUGACUAAUCAAGAACCUAUCAACCUCCACUUUAAAUAUACUCAAUAACUUGGCUCUACAGCCACCGGUGGCAAUGAUUUCUGCAGAUUUACUGCCCUCAGGCCAAAGAAGUUCCUCGCCGUCUCUGUUUUAAAUGGACAUUCCUCCAUUCCAGAGGUUCCAAACCUUUUCCAUGCCAUGGACCCUACCAUGAACUGAGGAGUCCAUGGACCCAUGUAGGGAACCCCUGUUCUACUCUGAGGCUAUGCCUUCUGGUCCUAGACUCACCAAUAUGGGAAACAUUCUCUCCACAUUCACUCUAUCUAGGCCUUAAGUCAAUAGGAUUUAAUGCUAUCUCACCUUCAUUCUUCUAAACUCCAGCAAGUACAGGCCCAGAGCUAUCAAACACUCCUCAGAUGUUAACCCUUUCAUUCCCAGAAUUAUACGAGAAUCUCCUCUGGACCCUCUCCAAUGCCAGCACAUCUUUUCAUAGAUAAGGGGCCCAAAACUACUCGCAAUUCACUAAGUGCGAUCUGAUCAAUGCCUUUGUGGUGAACUACAUAUACCUGUCUGGACACGACCCCCCCCCUGCUGACUGCUCCUCCCACAGACCCCUGUAUAAAGGCGAUUGGAGGCACUGCUCCUCCCUCAGUCUCCAGGAUGUUGUGUGGUGGUCUCUUGCUGCUGACAGUGCUUUCUUCCAGCUAAUAAAAGCCUAUCUCGCCUCACGUCUCCGAGAGUAAUUGAUGGAGCAUCAGCCUUAUAAAGACUUAGCAUCACAUCCUUGUUCUUAUAUUCUAGUCCUCUCAAAAUAAGUGCUAGCAUUGCAUUUGCCAUCUUUACCACUGACUCAAUCUGCCAAUUAACCUUUAGGGAAGACUCCCAAAUCCCUUUCCACCUCUGAGUUUUGAAUUUUUUUCCUGUUUAAAAAGUAGUCUAUGCUUUUAUUUUUUCUACCAAAGUGCAUUACCAUACAUUUCCCUACACUAUAUUCUGUCUGCCACUUCUUUACCCAUUCUCCCAAUCUGUUUAAUUCCGUCUGCAGACUCCCAGCUUCCACAAUA